AGGUCACUUGUGCUGUUUCUAACCUAAAAUUAUUGUUGGCGUCUUUCGAUUAAUUUUUAACUGAUCACUAAGUUUAUUUGAAUAAAAUCAACUAUAAAAUUAACAGUAAAUUGUACAAAAAAUGCAGGAAGAUGAGGAUUUGAUGGAGAUCGAUGAUACAAUCCAUAACGCACCGAUAAUCGAACAAAAGCCGCUAGAAUUGAAUACGCCCGUCUCAAGCAAACAAGGGACAAACGAUGUGGUAGUGUUGGACGACGAUGAGGAGGAAGGUGCCAAACAACUGACGCCAAUAAACAACAAUGAAACAAUCAUAGAUUUAAUACAGGAGACAAGACGAUGCAUCAAUUCGUCCUGCGAGGGCAAAACGAAAGACUACAUCAUCGCCCCCGACUUUUGCCUCAUCUACUACAAAGUGAAACCGUCGAAAAACAUAGUCGAGGAAAUUUGCCAUGACUGUUACACCCAAGCCGUGAUUGCGUACGAUAAAUUGGCGAUGAACGCGGCCGAAGGCAAAUGCGUUUUGAGCGUCAACCUACCUUUGAUCAAUGAGACACUGCAAAUUGAUGAUUCCGAUGAGGAAGAUGGAAAUAUCAAUGAUUUGGUUGAAUACAUUGAUGAGGAGAGUGCACAGUUCAUCAAGGAUAAUUUGGAUUUGGUUAUCGAUGAGGCUUUGAAUAAGUAUGACAUUGAAAGUUUGGCACAUCGAGAAGUGGAGUUUGUUGAAGACAGCACCCUCAAUAUAGAAAAUCAGAUAUCUGAAAUAAGCUUCAAAGUAAAGGACCUACGCCAGAGCUUUGAUACAAUCCAAAUUGAUUUGUAUAAAAAGUUCAGUCCCAACGGACGUGAACUGAAAGGGCUCACGAUCAUCGAUGACUUUUCCUGUUCGUCUGGUACAAUCACUAGAUAUGAUUCGGCUCCGCCCAAACCGACGGUACAAAAGCCGCCGAACCCUCAGCAGAAGCCAUUGCAACAACAGCCGGCGCAGUCGGCCAUUAGGGUGACGACGGUGCCGGGCACGGUGUCGGCGCCGUCGAGGAAGAGUGCCCGCCACCACAAGCCGGUGUCGUACGCCGAACUGGACGACCCGGGCAACGCCGACAGUCCUAGGGUGACCGACAAACUGGAGGAGCUGGCGGAGAAGAUCGAGCCGCCUCCCGGUCUGCCCAAUUUCGGGCCGAUGGAAAAGCCGCCGGCGAAACAGGGCGACAUUUACUACGUGGUCAGGGAGCAGAAUCCAUCCGGGCCGUGGAUACGGGCGCGUUUGAGCACCUCCAUACCUGUUGGGCAGGAGGUCAACGGGAACGUUUACGAUGACGUGCACUACAGGCUGACGGAGCUGAAGCAGCAGCGGGAUCGAAUCGUCAACGGCAAACAAAUUGCGUACAUGACCCCCAGUUCGGUGCGUCUUGUUAUUGGUACCAGGGUUUUGGCUAUGUUCACUGAAGAAACGAAAAAGCAGAAUCAUCCGUAUUACCCCGGAAUUGUCGGGGAGUCGCCUCACAUAGGCAACAAAUAUAGAUAUUUAAUAUUCUUCGACAUCGGAUACGCUCAGUAUGUUAAUCACGAAAACGUACAUUUAAUCUUCGAAUCCAGCAAGAACGUGUGGGAGGACAUGAAAGACGAUUCGAGGUCGUUCAUAAAGAAGUACAUAGAGAGUCAGGACAGGCCAAUGGUGAAGCUGGCCAAGGACCAAACUGUACGAGUGGAAUACAAUGGGAAAUGGUGGUUGUGCACGGUCAAACAUGUGGACUGUUCAUUGGCGACGGUGCAUUUCGAACACCUGAAUCGUACGGAGACAAUUUAUCGAGGUUCGAUGAGAUUGAGUCCGAUGUUCAGGGAGGAACAGGCCGCCACUAACAGACACAGUGGGAUACGUGCAUCAAGAAAGGCCGGUCCAAACGAGUCUGCGACCGUCGUUCAGUACCGGAGGACCGACGAGUAUCCGUCGACGAUCGUCGACGACUCGCCGACCAAAGAGAACGACAAUCCGGUGAGGGCGGUCGCUCGCAAGAGCACGACGCCCCGCCCACUGAGCGCGAACAGCCUCGAACACGCCCGGCCUUUCUUACCGCCGCUUAUUAACACCGCCCUCGGUCCCACCUCGAAGAUCAUGGUAAGGGAACAAGUAGUUCCGAAAAUCUUGUACUUCACGCCCAGGGACCAAAUGGUGACGCAGCGGAGGUACUUGCGGCAUCCGUGCGGUCCUGCGUGUCGCAGGACGUUGACGCACAAUUUUUCCAAGCUGCGCGGGCACAAUCCGUUGUCGAAGCCGUUGCUGUGCGGCUGGGCCAGGCUGACAUCACGGGCUAGGGGCAGGAAGGAGAUAGUAUACAAGACCCCCUGUGGCAGGAUUCUGCGCAGUAUUGCUGAGGUGCACUGCUACUUGAGGGUGACUCAGAGCGAAAUGACUGUAGAUCUGUUUGACUUUAACCACAUGGUCCGGUGUUUGGCCGAGUUUAACGUCGAUUGCAAGCCGGAUCCAGCCGAUUUAUCUAAAGACUUACAAGAAAGAAGAUGCUGUACAAACAUUUUUAUUUUGCCAGGGCUUGAACAAGUGCCAAUACCUGUGAUAAACGGCGUCAACAAUGACAUGCUAGACUUUUGUCAUUACUCCACGAAACGUGUACCGAUGGAAGGCGUACACAUAAAUUGCGAGCCGGAAUUCCUGUGCGGCUGCGACUGCGAAGACGACUGCAUCGACAAGACGAAGUGCUCGUGCUGGAAACUGACGUUGGAGGGUGCCAAAUAUCUGGGCAAAGACGUGGACCCCAACUCGGUGGGAUACAUAUACAGACGGCUGCAGGACCAGGUGAUAACGGGCAUAUACGAGUGCAAUUCGCGUUGCAAAUGCGGACCCACCUGUUUGAAUCGCGUCGUCCAGAAUCCGAUGUCGCUGAAGCUGCAGGUGUUCCGCACCCACAAUCGCGGCUGGGGCAUCAGGAGUUUGAACGACGUGCCGCAGGGCACGUUCAUUUGUAUUUAUGCCGGCACCUUGCACACUGAGGCUAUGGCCAAUGAGGAUGGAAUGGCCUACGGCGACGAAUACUUCGCUGAACUAGACUACAUAGAAACGGUGGAGAAAUACAAGGAGGACUACGAGGCGGAGGUGUUGGAAGACGAAGAAGACGAGGACUUGGACGACGCCACGUCGAAAACGUCGAAGUCCGGUGGUAGGUUGACUCCCGAUUUCGAGGAGGAGGAAAUAAUGCGGGGGGUUAACGCGAAGAACCGACGGUACAGCGACGACAACGACUUCGUAUGCACCACCAAGGUGGCCGGACAGGAGACCGGCAUUAGGACCAGGUUGAGGAGGAGGAACGACGACGACAAGGAUACGAAGGAUCCAAAGGAUGCGAAGGAUUCCAAGGAGGUGAAGAACACAAAGGAAGUGAAGGAAUCCAAGGAGAUGAAGAACACAAAGGAUAUGAAGGAUAGCAAAGAGGUGAAGGAUGUAAAGGACACAAAGGAUAUCAAAGAUGCAAAAGUAAAGGAGCCAGUCGUGAUCAAACAAGAGGUCACCACCGAAAUCAACAUGAAGGCAAUAGAAUCACUGCAAACAGACAUAGAUACCGUCACCAUCAGUGACGACGAAGAUGAGGGAAGAGAAGUGCUGAGCUUCAAUCCCAAAUCGGGCACGACAGAUCUGGACGAGAAAUCCAAAUACAACUCGGUGAGAGACCUAUUUGGACCAAACGAAGAGGUUUACAUAAUGGAUGCCAAAACUUCUGGAAACAUCGGAAGAUUCCUGAACCAUUCCUGUUCUCCAAACGUUUUCGUACAGAACGUGUUUGUGGACACUCAAGAUCCAAGAUUUCCUUGGGUGGCGUUUUUCAGUUCGCAGUUUAUUAGGGCUGGUACUGAACUGACUUGGAAUUACAACUAUGAUAUCGGUAGCGUUCCUGGUAGAGUCCUCUAUUGUCAUUGUGGUUCUCUAGAAUGUAAAGGACGUUUGCUCUAAAUCAAUUUCUCUAAGAUUAUUUUGUAAUAGGGACAUAUCCUAUCCCAUUUAUUUUAAGUUCUAAUUGUGAAUCCAAUCUAAUCUCAUUCAUGUGUAAUUAUUAAGUUUUAAUUGUGCGGAUACUAAAUUAUUUUGAAAUGUUUUAUCAAAUUGUCUUUAUAUUUUUGUUGUGUAACUUAUAUUAAGAAUAAACAUAAUUCAUUUUAAAA